AUGUCUGAUCUGGCAAAAGAGAAAGCCGCAAGACUGCUGAAGAAGAGAGGCAGCAUGUCCUCUCAGGGCAGUCGUGAAUUAAGGUCCAAAGAAACAGCAGGAAAAGUUAAGGACUCCAUCAGUACUGUGUCUUACAUAGAUGAGCCCAGUCACCAUGACGAUAAUGUGCGACCUGCAGUUCAAAUGGAAAAUACAUAUCAACUUGGCCCUGUAAAGCGUUUCCCUGUGUUGACUGUUACUGAUAUUCUGAAGGAUGUGUUGACUACUUACCUCCAGGAGGAGAAGUAUGAGGUGGAGCUCAGCAGACAGAUGACCAAAACAAUAUCUGAGGUUGUCAAGGCACGCGUGAAGGACCUGAUGAUCCCGCGCUACAAGAUCGUCGUGCUGAUCACCAUCGGUCAGCUGAACAACCAGAACAUACACGUCGGCAGCCGGUGCCUCUGGGACAUGACCACCGAUACCUUUUCAUCGUAUACUUUCAAAAACAGCUCGCUCUUCGCCGUGGCUAACGUCUUCGCCGUUUAUUUUGAAUGA